UUCAAUUGGUGUUCAACAGUACCGUCAGCGGAAGAUGAAUGCUCAAGUGAUCGCCGUGCUCUCCCUGAUCGCCGUGGCUUCGUGCACUCACGAACAUCACAUUGGCCACACUCACGACGACCAUCACAAAAAGCAUCAUCAUCCUACUGUUCUCGAGCGACUCGAAGAAGCCGGAGUGCCGACCCCGUACCACUUCCAGUAUGCUGUCGACGCGGGCGACGGUUCUCACUCGAGGGAGGAAUCUUCCGACGCUGCUGGACGCGUGACUGGAUCUUACGUGAUUCGUUUGGCCGAUGGACGCUCUCGUACCGUAUCUUACACUGCCGAUGAGCACGGCUAUCACGCGAAAAUUACGACGAACGAAAUGGGAACCGAAUCUCAGAGUCCGGCCGACGUCCAACUGGAGUCCUCAGCCCCGACUGCCAAAGAGGCUUCAUUGGCCUACAAAACUGUCGAGCACCGUCACCUCGACCAUCAUCGCAACCUGGGCCACCAUGAACACAUCAAACCCGUGCCGUCUCGACUCAUCCUCGGCAAGUAUUGAUCUGCUCGAAGUGUCCGGGAGUUCAAGUUUCUU